CCAUAGUAAACAUAGAAGGUUUUGUGAAUGAUUUAUCAAUUCUAUUCUGGAUUUUGUUUUUUAAUUAGGUUCGAAUGAGUAUAGGAGUAAACAUUGAAAAUGUCAAGCGAUUCGGAACGGCAUCCAGAAGAAGCCUUAAAUGUACAGACUAAAAAGGAGAAUGAUAAAAUGCAACCGCAAGCGUUUGAAGCUGUUGUGAAGCAGGAGCCCAGUGUUUGCUCAGAUGGUUCCGUUAUGGGACAAGCCGAAGAAGUAAAACCAACACCUGAAUGCAUCAAUAGUACUGCACUGAACAAUGAAGUUCAACCAUCCGAAGACCGUCCAUACAAGUGUGACAUUUGUGAUAAGAGAUUCGGCAAACUGUAUCUGCUUACUGGCCACAUGCGCAUCCACACUGGCGAACGGAAACAUGAAUGUGACAUAUGUGGCAAACGCUUUUUGACUAGCAAUCACCUAACCAGUCACCGGCGUUGGCACACCGGCGAGAAGCCUUUCGAGUGCAAAACCUGUGGCAAAAGAUUCCCACAGCGCGAAGCGUUGGCCUAUCACCGGGCUAUUCACAAUACAGAGCGAACACAUAAAUGUGACAUAUGUGGCAAAUUUUAUCUUCGUAAAAGAGACCUGGUCGUUCAUGGACGAAUCCAUAGCGCAGAAAAGCCUUUCAAAUGCGAAGUGUGCAAUAAGGAGUUCAAACAUCACAACAGUCUUGCGUAUCAUGUAAGCAUUCACAGUGAGCCAUCAUAUAAAUGCGACGUAUGUGGUAAAAGCUUUCGCAGGGAAAAGGAACUGGCCUCGCACAGCACAAUGCACUUGAAAGAAAGAUCGCAUAUAUGUACCACUUGUGGCAAAGGAUUUCAUGACGAUAAACGUCUUGCUCGGCAUACGCUCAUCCAUAACGACAAUAAACCACAUAAGUGUGAACACUGUUCCCGAGCAUUUCGUACUAAAGUAGAACUAACGAAACAUACUCGUGUUCACACCGGUGAAGAGCCGUAUCGUUGUGAUGUUUGUGGCAAAGGAUUCAAAGAUGCAGGCUACCGCGCAUUGCAUAUGAAAAUGCACACCGGUGAGAAGACUCACGAAUGUACACUUUGUGAUAAAAAGUUUUACUCCGGAAGUGGUUUGUCGAUGCAUCUGCGCAGUCACAUUAGUGAACGAGAUCACAAAUGUGACAUUUGCGGCAAAGGAUUUCAAACACCCAGCCAUCUGGCGCAGCACGUGCGCAUCCACACGGAUAAACGUCCCUACAAGUGUGAAAUUUGCGGCCUUGAAACAGCGCAAAGUAGUUAUCACGCUCGACACAUGCGUCGUCACGCUAAAGGCCGAGCUUACAAAUGCGAAGUGUGUGACAAAGGAUUCACGACCCAAAGUUAUUUAAAUUUGCACAUGCGUUUGCACACCGGUGAACGGCCGCAUAUCUGUGAGAUUUGUGGUAAAGGUUACACCGGUGUUUCACUACUCAAUCAGCACAAACGUAUCCAUGUCGAGGAUCGACCCUACAAAUGUGACAUUUGCGAUAGAGGUUUUAUUACUACGAGCAAUCUUAAGAAACACAUUCGAUCGCACACCGGUGAACGUCCGUACAAGUGUGAAAUAUGUCUGAAGGCUUACAGUUCGAGUAGUGCUCUGACGCAGCACAUACGCAGCCACACCGGUGAGCGACGGCACAAAUGUGACGAGUGUGGUAGAGAAUUUUUUAGAAAGGGUCACCUCCAGCACCAUAGACGAGUACAUACCGUUGAACGACCGCACAAGUGCGACAUUUGCGACCGAGGAUUCUUCGAAGCCCACGAACUCAUCGUCCACAAGCGCACCCAUACCGGGGAAAGACCAUUCGAAUGCGAUAUUUGUGGCAAAUCCUAUACGAGAAAUAGUGAGCUUAAUGUUCACAAACGGAUUCAUGUCUAUGGUAAGCUGAGCAAAUGUUCGAUCUGCGGUAAAGUGUUCCUAGAAAGUGAGCAUCUUGCGAUACAUAAGAAAGAACACGAACAACAAUUGGAAGCAAUUGAGCAAGGGCUGGAGACGGACAUUGUGAUUAAAAGUGAAGAUGUUAGAUGAGACUACUUAUUUCGAUAGCCUGAUGACUUCGAGGGUUUGUUCGCUUCCAUGUAUGCGUCAUAGUUUAUUCAGUUAAGUAAGCAUGUCAGAGGAAUUUAGUAAUA